AGAGAGAGUCACCAAGAGGAGGGGAGGAAAUGAACAAUGGAGGGGAAGUGAUCAGUAAUCUGCAACUGUAGCUGUCAGCCUCCACUGCAACAGCCUGUCUGGAUCUCAUUAUAGGUAAAUUAAUUUGGCUUAGGGGCCAAGGGCAAACAUACAUGAGGGUUUGAGGAAGCAUGUGUGUGUGUGUUUGUGUGUGCAGGAAAGUACAGAUAAAUGGCGAACGCUGUAAGAAGCAAAGACGUAGUUUGCAUAUGUUUUGGUCCUGUGAUCCUCUGCAUGAGCUCCUUUUGGAAAUCUGUUUGUUGUUUGUUGUCAUAUUUUAUCUCUUUGUCAUAUUUAAUCUCUGCACUCAUCUUAAUAUAUAUUCAAACCCUUGACUUUGUUUAUUAGGAACUAGACAAGCCAGUUGGAAUUUACAUGAUAAAAUAUAUAAAUAGAUUCAGCAUUUGGCAGCUAAAUGCAUUGCCAUUCACUGGAGAUCUACUAUUUUGCCACUCUUUCACACUGGUGGAUCUCAAAUUAUUUAACACUUGAUAAGGUCUACUGUAAUAUCAAGAUUUUUGGAAACAUUUCUGUAUCUUAAUAUAUAGACCUUAUUUUAAUCUUCAUUUUUGGUGUAUCUGUGUACAGUAUAUUGUUUUUGUGUGUACCCAUCUAUGGGUUCCCUUAGACAGAACAUGUGUAAUGAUGUUACAAUCAUAAGUUACAAGUGUAAUGAUGGUUAGGCAUUGAGUAUGGCAUUGAGUAUGUAUUAGUCUAUGGUAUAUAUCCAUAAUAAAGACAAAAGGUGGUGGUGGGGGGGGGAAAGCAAUAAGAGGCACCGAAAAGAGGGAAGAAGUUGAAGAAGAGAGCAGAAAUAGUUAAGAGUGUAAACCAGGCAGGGAGAGAGAGUGUGUGUUUGUGUGUGUGUGAGAGAGAGGGAGGUCUGUGCAGGGAGACGGAGCUUGCCGUCUAGAAAACAGCAUCUUUCCCUCCACUCUGCUCCUCCCCUCUUCCCUCUCGGCAUCUCUCCCACGCUCCAGAACUCAGCCUUCAGCUCCCUGGAUACUCCCAAAUUCUCCCGAGCUGAGGUGGGCGUGUGGAGCCUCUGACCCUCUCUCGCCCACUCUCUUUCUCUGUCUCUCCCUCUUUGCUGCAGCUACAGGGGGAUAUGGAUGGACUGCGUUUACCUCCACUCAUCGAGGAGGCUUUGGACUCUACAGAUGAUCUGUGCGAUCUAAAAGCAGAGUGCAGCCCCACCAUGGAUAACGAGAUAACAGCGAAGGAGAGAGGCGUCCUGGAGGAGAACAACGAGAAGGAGGAGAUGGACCAGGAGAGAGCUCAGGAGGAGGAGGGGGAAGAGAAGAAGCUGAAGGAGGAGGAAGGCGAAGGGGAGGAGAAGAGGAGGAAGGAGCAGGAGCCGCUGACAGAGGAGCAGGAGCUGGAGGAGCUGAGGGCCCAGGUGCUGCAGCUGCUGCUGGAGCUGGAAGAUGCCAGAGAGACCUCCAACAAACACCAGGAGAGCUUCCAUGAGCUUCAAGGUCUGUUGGAGGAUGAGCGUCUGGCCAGUGCCCAUCAGGCUGAAGCCUUCACACGCCAGAUUCAGAAUCUACAAGCCCAGCUGCGUUCUGUGCAGGAGGAGAUGGACAGCCUGGAGGAGGAGAAGGAGAGCGAGCUGAUCGAGGCCCAGGAGGAGCUGCGUGCGGCUCAGGAGGAGGUGCUCCUGCUCCAACAGACGGCAGAGGAGGCGGCGGCAGAGAGGGAGAACGACAUCGCCUCGCUGCAGGAGGAGUUGUGUCGCCGGAGGGCUGAGCUGCAGCGCCUCAGCGAGGAGACCCAGGAGUACGAACUGGAGAUCACCACGCUGAGAGCCGAGAUCAGCAUGAAAAGCCAGCGCAGGGAGGCAGAGAGGAGAGAGGGUGACGUGGACCUGCUGAAGGAGGAGUGCCGUAUGCUGAGGGAGGAGUGUCAGACCCUGAAGGAGGACAACAGACGUCUCUCUGAGAGGCUGCAGCUGCUGCAGAGACAGAGGACAUGCUCCAGUGUCUACCUGUCACUGAAGGAGGAAGACGCAGGGGAGGGCACAGAGGGGAAGGAGAUAGAGACUGGCCCAGAUGAGGUCAUGACAGAGAGCUACAUGACCAUGGCCCAGUCUGGGAACUGUCGCCUGGUGGACGCCUCCAUCCAGAAGAAUAUUUCAUUUGAUGGGAAGCCUGUGACACCAACCAGCUGGAACGGAGGCAUCGGGGAGAUCUUCUCCCUGAGAGACCAGCUCAAACAGGCAGAGGAGAAGGCCUUGCAGGUUCAGAGAGAGUGUGAUGGUCUGAAGAUGGAGCUGCAGGAGCUGCAGGUACUGUAUGACAGCAGUCAGAAGGAGAGAGAAGAGCUGGAGGAGGAGCUGCAGCGCUGCAAGGCUGAGCUGGAGAAGCUGUCAGGGGGGGCUCAGAGAUUCAUCCAUCCAUCUGAGCACCCUGUUCUCUCCAUCCCCUUCAUAGGAAUGAUUGUAAUAGUGGCUGUGGUCUGGUGCUGGUUGUCGGAGCUGGCGUCCCAGAGGGCAAGGGGAGUGAGGUAGGUUGGAACUCCAUUUUGACUAUCACUGCAGCCACAGCAGUGCUACUAAUGAUGACUAGCUUGUUGAGAGCUCUCGUCCGAUGUUGAUUGGAUGGGCAACAACUGCACAGGGACAGACGUCUGCUUCAGACCAGCCCUCGGUCUCUCCUGCCAUGUCUAUAGACUGAACUGGAAUUCUGUAAAUGUGAUAGAGCUGACAGCUGUGUAGUAGAAAAUGUAUGGAAAAUGUUGUCUCAAAUGAGAAGGUACUACAUGCACACAGAGAGUGAUGUGCUCAGUGUCAUUUGAGACUGCUGUGAUGAUGAAUUGACCUGCAGAGAGCCCACAUGAGGAAAUGAUCUCACUCCACUAAAUGUAUGCUAGUGCUGUGUCAUUCCUCCUCUGUGUCUGUGAAUAUUAUUAUUAUUUUCUCUCCUUUAGCUAACAAUGUGAUAAAAUGAAGGUUUUGAUUAUUAAUGUGCACCAAAUGGUUUUCAAUUUAUUUAACCAUUGUUUAUUUAUUUAUUUGUUUGCUUAAAUAUUGUUCAUGUCUCUGAGAAUAAUGACAAACAUGGAGUCUGGACAUUUAAUGCACUGAAAUCCCUGAAAUAUAUAUACACAUGCCCUUUAAAUAUUAACAGAAAGAGCAGUUUGCAUUUUUUGUUAAUGAGUUGACUAUGAAUUAUUAAUUAACUUAUUACAACAUACCAUUACCAACUAUCCUGCCACUGUAUUUCUCCCCCACACAACUUUGGAAUUUGAAAUUGAUUUCUUUACAUUGUAAACACAAAUGACAUGCUAUUAUAAGGAGAACAGGCUUGGCUACCUAAGCACCUGUCAUUGUAAGCUCAGUGUAUGUAUAAGGCUGAUGUUUAACCCGAUGUUACCCCUCAUGGGUGGAGCCAGCUCUUCUUCAGUGUUUUUCAGUUAUGUGCUUUGCUCCAGGCUCUGUCACGUCCACCUGCCUCACAAUUGUCUUGUGUUUGACUCUGAAAUUAGACAACUCCCACCUUCCCCUUUGAUUAUCAGUUAACCAAGAUACCAGAGAGUCAUUGCAGCAUUUCUGAUUCAUCUUACCCACUUUGAAAAUCUAAAAUCUCACACCCACAACUGCAUUAUUAGACUUACAAUAUGAUUUGUUGUAGUUUUGCUAUGUGCUAGUAAAUAUGUGCUAGUAAAUAUAUCUCAGCAAAUUCUAGGAUGAUUGAGCUGUAUUGAUUUGGAAGUGGAGAAAUCAACUUUUUUUCCUCCCAGCAGGAUUUAAAUGGCUUGAUUUUUCCAAGAGUACUGUUAUUUAGAUUAAUGGUGAUCACAGGUUGUGAAAAUGUUGCGCAUUCAUUCCCUUGUUUACUGACGACACGUAACAUGUAACGAACAGCAGAUGUGAUAAACACCGAUUGACAUCCGGUCACACCUAGAUUAAACCACUGAUGCGACUGAAGUGAAAGAUCAGGGUUAGUUAGCUGUGAGAGUAUUUUAGAAAUUGAUGUGGUUCCAAAACAUGUAAAUAGGAAGGUGUUAGCUUGUUUAAGCAUCAAUUACAAUAAAUAUAUUUAUAUGUGGAAGGAUUCCUAUUAUUGUUUACAUUUGUGAAAUGUUUUUGUGAAAAUAUUUUAGAACUGAAAAAAGCAUGUUAGAAAACAUAUAGAAGCACAAUAUAUAAUUUAUGCUGAUUCUGUCACUUUGUAUUUCAUGUAAAUAGAUGUGACAUAUAGUACUAUGGGAGAGAUAUUUCUUAAAUCCAUUUGUACUAGCUUUGUAGAAAGUUUAUUCUAUUUUGAAAGAGCAUCGUAUAUUUGAUAGCCAAAUUAUAUGCUGUGUAAAUGUUUAUUUAAUGUGACGUUAUUGACUGAUUAACUACUAGCAUUGCUAAUAAUUGUCAGUACCUCUUUGUUCAAAGGUGAUGUAGUCAUUGCAUACAUUUAUAUUGCAUUUGACCUCAGUUGCCAGAAAGAGCAAUAUGAUUUCUGUUUUUUCCAGUCCAGUUAAAAGUCCAGUUAAAUUUCAGAAAUGUAUUGAAGUCUUUUCUGAAACAUUUGUCUUUAAACAGAACCUUGAUAAGCAAUGCCUGGCCAAUGUUAUUUCUGCAUAUGAACAUACACUAAGGAAAUAAUGUGCCACUGGACUGCAAAUGUUGUCGCUGUCUAUUUAAAAAUGAUCAGUUUCAAAUUAAAUUCCCUUUGACUGCAGUGGUACAACAACUGAAUGUUGUCUGAGUCAGAACAUUAUAUUUCAUUAUUUCUGAGCUUAUAUUUCAUGGAUAUUAUCUUUAUCAUAGUUUCACAAGCUUCUAUAUUGCACAGUGUUUCUCAGCUUGUUGCUUUACAUAUUGAUAGCAUUGUUGUUUUCAAUAUAGUUGUGGCUAUUUUGUUACCUGGAGGUCUAUUUUGUACUGUAAAUGACUUGAGAAAAUAAAUAUACCCACCCCA